GGAGAUAAACCUACAGGACAUCAAAGAGGAUUUGGACUUGGAUCCAGAGGAGAACAGCACCCUUUUUAUGGGCAUCCUCAUCAAGGGGCUUGCCAAACUGAAGAAGAUCCCAGAGACAGUGAAGGCCAUCAAAGAACGCUUGGAGCAGGAGCUCCAACAGAUCGUGAAGAGGUCUACAACCCAGGUGGCGGACAGUAGCUAUCAGAGGGGAGAGAACCUCACUGCGGACAACCAACCAAGGUUACUUCUGGAGCUGCUGGAGUUGCUGUUUGACAAGUUUAAUGCUGUAGCCACUGCACACUCUGUGGUCCUGGGAUACCUGCAGGACACCGUCGUGGCCCCACUGCCUCAGCAGGAAGAUGUCAAACUGUACGACAUGGCAGAUGUGUGGGUGAAGAUCCAGGAUGUCCUCCAGAUGCUGUUGACUGAGUACUUGGACAUGAAAAAUACUCGUACGGCCUCUGAACCAUCAGCUCAAUUGAGUUACGCCAGCACUGGACGGGAGUUCGCAGCCUUUUUUGCCAAGAAGAAACCUCAAAGGCCGAAAAAUUCUCUUUUCAAGUUUGAAUCGUCCUCCCAUGCCAUCAGCAUGAGCGCCUACUUGAGAGAGCAGAGACGGGAGCUCUACAGUCGGAGUGGAGAACUCCAAGGUGGUCCUGAUGACAAUUUAAUUGAAGGUGGAGGAACAAAAUUUGUCUGCAAACCUGGAGCCAGAAAUAUUACUGUCAUAUUCCACCCGCUACUAAGGUUCAUUCAGGAAGUUGAGCAUGCCUUGGGACUUGGGCCAGCCAAACAGUGUCCUCUCCGAGAGUUCCUCACUGUGUACAUCAAAAACAUCUUUCUCAAUCAAGUCUUGGCUGAGAUCAACAAGGAGAUUGAAGGAGUCACGAAAACAUCGGAUCCCCUGAAGAUCCUGGCCAACGCGGACACCAUGAAGGUGCUGGGUGUGCAGCGCCCUCUGCUGCAGAGCACAAUCAUUGUGGAGAAGACAGUGCAAGACCUGCUGAAUCUGAUGCAUGACUUGAGCGCGUACUCAGAUCAGUUCCUCAACAUGGUGUGUGUGAAGCUCCAGGAGUAUAAGGACACCUGCACGGCGGCCUACAGGGGCAUCGUCCAGUCGGAAGAAAAACUUGUCAUCAGUGCAUCUUGGGCAAAAGAUGAUGAUAUAAGCAGACUCUUGAAAUCUCUACCCAACUGGAUCAAUAUGGCUCAGCCCAAACAGCUGAGGCCAAAGAGAGAAGAUGAAGAAGAUUUCAUAAGGGCAGCCUUUGGCAAGGAGUCCGAAGUUCUUAUUGGGAACCUGGGUGAUAAAUUAAUCCCUCCACAAGACAUCCUGCGUGACGUCAGUGACCUCAAAGCCUUGGCCAACAUGCAUGAGAGCCUGGAAUGGUUAGCAGGCCGAACAAAGUCAGCCUUCUCCAAUCUUUCCACAUCCCAGAUGCUUUCUCCUGCUCAAGAUGGUCACACGAACAUGGAUCUGCCCCCGGUGUCGGAGCAGAUCAUGCAGACCCUGAGUGAGCUUGCCAGAUCUUUCCAGGACAUGGCCGACCGCUGCCUGCUGGUGCUGCAUCUGGAAGUCAGGGUUCACUGUUUCCACUAUCUCAUCCCUCUUGCAAAGGAGGGGAACUAUGCCAUCGUUGCCAACGUGGAAAGUAUGGACUAUGACCCUCUGGUGGUCAAGCUCAACAAAGACAUCAGUGCCAUCGAAGAGGCCAUGAGUGCCAGCCUGCAGCAGCACAAGUUCCAGUACAUCUUUGAAGGCCUAGGACACCUGAUCUCCUGCAUCCUCAUUAAUGGUGCCCAGUACUUCCGGCGCAUCAGUGAGUCUGGCAUCAAGAAAAUGUGCAGGAACAUUUUUGUUCUUCAGCAGAAUUUGACCAACAUCACCAUGUCACGGGAGGCAGACCUGGACUUUGCAAGGCAGUAUUACGAGAUGCUGUACAACACGGCUGACGAGCUCCUGAACCUGGUGGUGGACCAGGGCGUGAAGUACACGGAGCUGGAGUACAUCCAUGCCCUGACCUUGCUGCACCGCAGCCAGACGGGCGUGGGAGACCAGACCACCCAGAACACGAGGCUGCAGCGGCUCAAGGAGAUCAUCUGUGAGCAGGCCGCCAUCAAGCAGGCCACCAAGGAUAAAAAGAUAACCACGGUGUAGCGGGGGCUGGAGGGGGGGUACUGCGUGGGGUCAGGGGUGGGGGAUGGUCACUUCUGGUUAUUUAGUCAAACUUAUACUUACUUUUUUCUUUGGCAUGUUAUUUGGUAUAUUCUGAGCUGACGUCAUGGAGAGAUGCUUUAGUGGAGAGAAGGUGUAAGGAUUUUUUCCUCUUCCGUUUAGGCUUUUCAUAUACACUCCAAAGGGAGUUUGCAGUACAGAAUAUUUUGAUUUAACAU